AUGGAGGGCCGAAAUUGUGUGACAGUGCAAGAAUACCAACCGGAAUACAAUGAUAUGAACGAGAUUCGGGCAAUCUUCUCAGUAUUAUAUCUUAUCGUUUGGGUAGCUGCAAUUGUUGGAAAUACGCUUGUUCUCUAUGUACUCACUUUCAAUCAGGUGUCACUAUCUGUCAGAACAGUAUUCGUUGGAUGUCUCGCUGGUUCCGAUCUUCUUAUGUGUCUAUUUUCACUUCCAAUCACCGCGAUUUCGAUAUUUUCAAGAGUUUGGGUAUUUCCAUCGAUAUUCUGCAAACUCAUUGGAGUCUUCCAGGGAGGAACAAUCUUCGUUUCAUCGUUCACUCUUACUGUUAUUGCAUUGGAUAGAUGUGUUUUGAUCCUUCGACCAAAUCAAGAGAUAGUCAACUUUCCACGUGCCGUCUUCAUAGUCUUUUGUAUUUGGCUUCUCGGAUACUGUUUGGCUCUGCCCGUCGGAAUCUACAGCAACAUCACAGUCUACGAAGAAAUUUGUGGCACAUUCUGCGAAGAAAAUUGGCCUGACUUCAAUCAAGACACUGGACGAUCUGGGAUUCGCAGGGCUUAUGGUCUUUCGGUUUUGGUUUUGCAGUUUGGAAUUCCGGCAUUUAUCAGUUCAAUAUGCUAUUGGAUGAUUAGUCAAGUGAUGUCGAGUCAAUUAGAAAGAAGAAGAGGACACAACAUACGACCAGAAUCUGAAGAGAAACUUGUAAAUCGAAAGAAUCGAGCAAAUCGAAUGAUGAUUGUCAUGGUUGUUGGAUUCGUUCUCGCCUGGAUGCCAUUCAAUGCUGUCAACCUGUAUCGGGAUCUAUUCGGAAUCUCCACUACCAAAUGGUACUCUACAGUUUUCGCCCUUUGCCACGUGUGUGCAAUGUGCUCUGCAGUACUGAAUCCCAUCAUCUAUUCAUGGUUCAAUCCUCAAUUCCGUACCAGUAUCACAACACUUUUCAAAGGAAACAACGAUGAAGCAAGAUUGAUCAAGAAAAAACCAUCAUCCACGAGUAAAAUGGUUGCGUAUCCGAAUAAUUUCUCAGAGGUCAGAAAGGACACCGAAAUCCAAUCGAAUAAAACAAAAAUCUCGAUUGCUGAAAACGAUUAUCGGGCUGGUGACCAACUGUUGUAA